AUGACAGAUGUUCCUCCUUUGGGUCCCCCAGACUUGGAGGGCCUUGCAGACGACUGCGACUACCAUGACAAUGAACCAACUGAAUGGCACAGGUGCGAUGGAUGGGGGCAACGAGGCCGCGGUGCCAAAGCUGUCCGCGGCUCGAGCUCUUCAACCUGGGAGCAAUCCGACGCAGAGACGCCGACGCAUGCUUCCAGCCAUUGCGCAUCACAAAGAGACGUUUGGAACAGGACGCGCUUGCCUCAAUUGAGAUCGACGGAUGAGGAGGUUUUCAGGGACGAACCGCGGCAGUUCGAAACCUUGCGGAGCUCCCAAUUGCGCCAAGAAUCACAAGAAGUCGUCAACAACUCGCCCUCAUUCCGUUACCACGAAACUCCUUUGCCAUGUGGGCUCUUGCCUUCGCAGCUAUCGGACAUACUUUUCCGCGAGAUCACACCCGAGGACUACGACGUUUUGCUGCAACUCGACACACAGCCGCCUAGCUCUGCGAGUCCUGCCGACAUCGUCGCAUUGCCUUCGGUCGAUGCCCGAGAAGUAGAUCAGGUGUCUUGCAUAUUUUGCUUAUCUCAGUAUGAAGACACAGAGAGACUGACACAACUGCCCUGCAGUCAUGCGUUUCACAAAAACUGCAUUGCAGAGUGGCUGUUGCAGCACAAGCCUGCGUGCCCUCUGUGUGGUCAGGAGGUCCAACGACUCUGA